AUCCUACGAACGACAAUCGCCAACCAACAACCAAAGAUUUGAAUAAUCCGCCAAUUCAAAUCCGCAAAAAUGGUCAAGAAGCGCGCGUCCAACGGACGUAACAAGAAGGGUCGUGGUCACGUCAAGCCCAUCAGAUGCUCCAACUGCUCCCGAUGCACACCAAAGGACAAGGCGAUCAAGAGAUUUACCAUCCGUAAUAUGGUUGAGUCCGCUGCCAUCCGUGAUAUCUCAGAGGCAUCUGUCUUCUCUGAGUACACAGUUCCCAAGAUGUACCUCAAAUUGCAAUACUGCGUCUCUUGCGCCAUUCACGGCAAGAUUGUCCGUGUCCGAUCCCGUGUUGGAAGACGUAACCGUGCCCCACCUCCCCGUGUUAGAUACAACAAGGACGGAAAGAAGGUCAACCCAAACCAAGCUGCCGCUAAGGCUUAGAGUGCUUUAGGUUGGGAACGGAGGAGUUAUCGACUGGGUUUUUCGGGAUGCAUUUUGUCUUAACCAAUUUCUAAUGCAAAAAGCAUUGCUUAGACAAAUAUGACCUCAUUGACUGAUGAUAAAUCUUCAAUCAAUCUUCUCAAUCUUUCAAACAUGUGAUAUUUUAUUGGCAAUUGCUUUGGUCGGAUCUUCAUUGUGCAUUCAAAAUUUCCAUGGUAGCAGAGAAUG